GAUUGGUCGUCGGCAAGGAGAUGGAGGGGAGGAGAUCACGGGUGCCAAGCGAAUCCAGGCACAUAUCAAGCGGUUCAGAUUUUGAGUUGUUCCCUCCUUCCCUCCUCCUCUCACCAACGCCUCUGACGGUUUGCUCGACGCUGUGGUCUCUGUCUCUCUUUUGCUAUCAAGCACCCACCCUCGUUUGUCUUCCAAGCAUCCUCUCUUGUAGCCAUGUUCUUCAGCACCGUCGCUACCGCUCUCUUCGCGUUGCCCUUGUUCGCUCAAUCUGCUGUCGCUACGACAUGCUCCAGGACAUACACUGUCCAGGAAGGCGAAUGGUGUGACACCAUCUCCGCCGCCCACAACGUCUCUACGUAUCAACUUGCGGUUGUGAACUCCGAUAAGAUCAACAAGGCCUGCACCAACCUCCAGGCCGGCAGCAGCAUCUGCCUCGGGUUCCAGGGUGAGGAUUGCACGACGACUCACGUCGUCAAGGCCGGAGACACUUGUGACGGCAUUUCCAACACAUACCGCAUCAACUCCACCCUCCUCUACCACAACAACCCUCAGCUCACCGCCGAGUGUGACAACCUUUACGUCGGCGAGGUUGUAUGUGUUCAGGGCGAUUCCGCUGUUUCUCCCCUUCCUGAUAAUUCUUCCAUGCCCGCUGCCACCAUCCCUCCCGGUGCUAUCCCUGCCACUCCCACUAAGGCUUCUAGCACCCCCGCUCCUACUCCUACUCCUGUCCCUGCUGACGAUGAUGAUGAUGAUGGGGACUGCGAUGAAGAGGAGGAGGAGGAGGAGCUCCCCUGGUGUGACGAGCUCAACUGAGCCGAGCCCGUUGCAGCACACGACCUCCCUUACGGAUGUCACUGGAAGAGAAGAAACAACACAUGUUAUCCCGAUGGAAAGCAAGCCUGGUGAAGGAGUGUAGUGAAUGAGAUAUUGUGGAUGAGAGGGGUUUUUUUUGCAUAUUGGUCGAAGUCAUUAGUUGAAAGCAUCAAGCAUCACAACUGGUCUGGAUUAGGAGGGGGAUAUAGCCGGUCUUUCUCUCUCGCUUUCACCGCGUUCACAACCCACAAAGCUCAAGACUUCGCUUUUCUGACGUCCCCCUUCCUCUUCUGUUCUCGUUCUCGCAUUCCUCGUUUGCUUUCCAACUUUGCGUCACCCAGUUGCUUCUUCCCCGUGUCUUCCGUCACACAUUGCGCGCUUCUUUUCCUAUAUACCCUCAGACUAACCAUACUGUUCGGGCUUUCGUGAUUCUCUUUUUCUAAUAUUCUUAGGUGUUUCAGUCGUUUUAUGUUGUUGUUUUCUGUCCAUUGAUUUGGGCUGUUCAUUUAGCUGGUGCUUGUCACAAGUAGCUAUUGAGGUGAUAUAGUGGAUCCAGAGGGUCUUCGUUGAAAUGAAAUAAUAUCUUGCAUAUCUA